AUGAGCAUCAGCCUGUUCGCCGUCGUCAGCACUUACCGCACCGACGAGGCCAGCCAGUUUCAUGUGAUCUCACACACGCCACCUCAAUCCCCUUCCCCAUUUCAUCAUCCACCCACCCCCCCCUCUCUCUCCUUUCCUCCCCACCACCAGCUGCGUCCCUCAGAGCACAUCUCCCUCCCUUGGGGCGCGCUGCUCAUCCGCUGCGCCUUCAACAAAUCAGUGGGCAGCAACAGCAGAGGUGGCGUGCUGUCAGUAUUGAAGCGCUCGGAGCAGCAGCGGCAGCGCCGCAGCAUCGCCCACGAGCACUCCCACGCUGUGGGCUUCGACGUGGAAGCCACCUCCCCCCUCACCCUGCACACUGCGCCCAUGACCGUCUUCCGGGAGAAGCCAGGCGGCUUCGAUAUAGUCACAUCCCCACUGAAGUACAAUCUCACUUACUGCAGCGGGUCGCUCUUCGGGCACAUCGAUCCGCGGGCAUUGGGGGACUGGAUUCGGUACCACCACAGGGUUGUGGGCGUGGAGAAGUUUUUCUUGUAUGAUCAUGGCGGGCUCACUGUGGAUAAUGACACGGCGGCGGUGGUGGCGCCUUAUGAGGAGACGGGGGUGGUGACUGUAACGAGGAUGAAGGGGGGGCGGCAUUUCGUGUCGUACUAUUCGCACCAGAUUAUGAACCAGAAUGACUGCCUGUAUCGGUCGAGAUUCCUCACCAGGUGGCUGCUCUACACAGACCUCGAUGAGUACAUCUUCACACCGCCGCCUGCCACCUUCCUCUCAUGGCUGCACCGCCUUCCUGAGAAUGCCUCGUGGGCGAGCAUGGGGUCGUACAUGCACAGCAUCAACACCUGCAGCCAGCCGAACCGCGGCAAUGCCACUAACGAGUCGCAGCUCUUAGUGGAGCAUCUGCCCUGGAGGGCGGAGCUCCCAAGCUGCUCGGACCGGGCAAAGGCGUUGGUGUGCCCAGGAGCGCAGGGGAGGAGGAAGCAAGUGGUGGAUCCGAGGAGGGUGAACAUGGUAUCAGUGCACCGUGUGGAGGACCCUUGGGAUGCGUAUGGUGUUGACUGGAAUGCCUCGUUUGCCGAGCCGCUGCCGAAGCUGAUGCAUUUUCAGGGCCUGCCAGUGAGGAAACCUGUCAAUGUGCGGUGUAGGGAUGUCAAGGAGGGGCCUUUGAAGGAGGGAGAGGUGGUGGAAGAUGGGAAGCGCGGCGCGGCGGGGAUGGCGGAGGAGGAGGAGCUGGCGAUGGGGUCGGACGACGACGCCGACGCCGAGAGCCCCGAGGAGAUUCUCGCCAAGAUCGACGACCGCUCGCAGCGCGUCGCGCACUUCCUCUCCGAGGGUCGAGUGCCAGAGGCGCUCAAGGCGGCUGUGAGCGACCCACCCAUUGCCACACGCGACCAGAAGUGCAAGGAUGCCAACUGGGAGGUGGUGCAGCGGGCACUGGUGGCAGUGGAGGACGUGGAUGGGGCCAUUGCAGGGUUGAAGUCCGAGGGGUGCGACACACUCAUGCGGUACCUGUAUCGAGCGCUGAGGACGGGGGAUCCAUCGCUGUGUGCGCGGGCGCUGCGGGUGCAUGAGAAGCUGACGGAGAAGGCAGGGCUGGGCUGCAUCAUGCGCGUCAUGGCUGAUAGGAAGCACACCGUGUAG